ACCCAUAUCCCUUUGAACCCAAGACGCAAUCCAAUCAGAAUUGCCAAUACGAGGAGGCGCCGGCUGCCAAUCGGACCAAUAAACGUUGCUGCAGCGGGGCUUCUGGUCGGGAAGGAUCCUAAAUGGCGCUGGUAGGGGAGGGUGAGAAGCCAGAGCAGUUAGCGGAGGAAAUCCCUGAGUAUGACCGGCGCAAGGAGAGGAUGGUGGAGACCCUGCAGCGACGGGACCAGGAGCGACAACAGGGCAUGGAGCGGAGGAAACUGGCCAAAGACGAGAUGGCGGUGAAGGAGGAGAAGUCCAACGUCUUCAGCGCGGCCUUUUCGGAGGAGAGGUCCUCUAUAGAGGCGCUGCUGGCGGGCUGCGAGGGCGCCGACAACGCGGCGCUCACCCACAGCUUCGAGGAAAUCGUCCAGAAGAUACAGCGGCUGCAGAAGUUCGUCAACGACAGCAUGAUGUUCCUGUCAGCCUACGAGCUGCGCCAGGCCCAGACCGCCUUGCAGAAGUUGCAGGCGGCGGUGGCGGAGAAACGGGACGAGUGCCUACCCAAGAAGAAGUUCGCAUUCAAAUCGCGCAAAAAAGAAAACGUCGGCCCCAGGGAGGCCAAACCCUCCUCCCCUUGUGACGGGAGCACUAGCCAGCCCAGGAUGAUCGAGCAAAACCUCUGCGGCUUCUCGGACGCUGACUCGCAGGUACUGGUCCGCUUGGCAGACGAGAUCAGCGGCAAGGACGUGCUUUUAACCAGGCUGUCCAACUGCAUCGUUAAGCUUCUCGGCUCGCCCAACACCCUGCACAUCAAGAAUAUCACCAAUUCCAAGGUGUUGUGCGGACCUGUCUCGACCUCUGUGUUUAUUGACCAAUCUUCCGGCUGUACAUUCGCUUUCGCAUGCCAGCAAUUGCGAACCCAUAACACUAAGGAUGCAAAGGUGUACCUGCAUGUAACCAGCAGAGCCAUCGUGGAAGAUUGCACUGGAGUUUCUUUUGCACCGUUUAACUGGACGUAUGAAGGCAUCGAGAGAGACUUUGAACAGGCAGGGUUAGACAGAACAAAAAACAAUUGGAACGCUAUUGACGAUUUCAACUGGCUUGCGUCUGAUCAUUCCCCUAACUGGAGUAUUUUGCCGGAGGAAUCUCGAAUAACUGAUUGGGAUGAAAUCUUAGCUCCUUGAUUGUGCCUAUUAUACCCAAAGUUGGCGUUCAUUGACCAAUCGCAGGAAUUGCUGCUUGGUUUCUGCUGUGUACCUGUACUUGAAUAAAUGCAAAAUAAGCCUUGUGACAGAAAAUCUGUUAUUUAACUUUUUUGGCCAAUUUUAUUUAAAAGAUGUUGUGGGUUGAAUGUGAUCUUUAAUAGUUGGCAUGUUAUUUGUAAAAUGUUUUCUGUAUUUGGGAAUGUUUCAUCCACUGUACCUUUGUCAGUGUUUUCUCAGUGUUUGCACCUCAGUUUGAAAAUGUUUUAUUGUUGGAAGUAGAUUUCAAUUGAAACAAAGUUAAAACACAUGUCAGAAUGCAUAAGGUUAACGGAUAAAAUAAAAGAAGAACAAUCUUGAACUGGC